AUGGGAACUUCGAGUGCAAAUGACAUGGACGUGGUCGUGGACGUGGACGUGGACAUGGACAUGGACAUGGACGUGGACAUGGACGUGGACGUGGACGUGGACGUGGACGUGGACGUGGACGUGGACGUGGACAUGGACGUGGACGUGGACGUGGACGUGGACAUGGACGUGGACGUGGACGUGGACGUGGACGUGGACGUGGACGUGGACGUGGACGUGGACGUGGACGUGGAGAACUUGGACGUGGACAUGGACGUGAACGUGGACGUGGACGUGGACGUGGACGUGGACAUGGAUGUGGACGUGGAGUGGACACGUGGACUGGACGUGGACGUGGACGUGGACGUGGACGUGGACGUGGACGUGGACGUGGACGUGGACAUGGACGUGGACGUGGACAUGGACAUGGACGUGGACGUGGACAUGGACGUGGACGUGGACAUGGACUUAGACGUGGACGUGGACGUGGACGUGGACGUGGUCGUGGACGUGGACGUGGUCGUGGACAUGGACGUGGACGUGGACAUGGACGUGGACGUGGACGUGGACGUAGACAUGGACGUGGACCUGGACGUGGACGAGGACGUGGACGUGGACAUGGACGUGGACGUGGACGUAGACAGGGACAUGGACGUAAACGUGGACAUGGACAUGGACAUGGACGUGGACGUGAACGUGGACGUGGACAUAGACGUGGACGUGGACGUGGACAUGGACAUGGACACGGCGCGGGUGGAGCUGGAGGGGGCGGUGGCGGUGGCGGCGGUGGCGGCGGAGGGAGUGGGGGUGGCGGCGGGACUAGUGGCGGGGGUGGUGGUGGUGGUGGUGGCAGCAGCGGCGGAGACGGUGGUAGUGGAGCCAGCGGUGGUAGUGGAGGCAGCGGCGGAGGUGGAGGCGGCGGAGGUGGAGGCGGUGGAGGCGGCAGCGGAGGAGGCAGUGGUGGUGGAGGAGGUAGAGCUGGUGGCUGCGUCGGGUCAGGUGUGUCCCAGGGGGGCAAGGGCGCGGGUGGAGCUGGAGGGGGCGGUGGCGGUGGCGGCGGUGGCGGCGGAGGGAGUGGGGGUGGCGGCGGGACUAGUGGCGGGGGUGGUGGUGGUGGUGGCAGCAGCGGCAAAGACGGUGGUGGUGGUGGUAGCGGUGGUGGUGGAGGCAGCGGCGGAGGUGGAGGCGGCGGAGGUGGAGGCGGUGGAGGCGGCAGCGGAGGAGGCGGUGGUGGUGGAGGAGGUGGAGCUGGUCGGGGUGGUGUGUCCCAGGUAG